UUCUUUCUCUUCGCCACAUUCCUUGAGGAUGGUUAUGAGACUCUCUCAAGUUUGCAGACACAAAGUUGUGGUGUCUGUUCACUUCAAUUCAACCCACCCUCAAGUCAAUCUCUCUAUCUCUCCCUCGCUCUGAAGUUCGACCCCCAAACCCAUCCGUCUCAUCCAAUCCUCAUACCUCCUCGCAAAACCCAACCCAACUAUCUUCUUCCCACCUUCGAAUCUUCGCCACCAAAAAUCAGCAAUUCAUUAUAGGGCUCGAAGGAAGCUCUGUUUCACUAUGUCGUCAUGGAGGACCAAAAGCAGAGUACCCAUCUUGAGAAUUGCACAGAAAGAGCCCAAGAGGCUGCUGAUUCUCAGAACCCAAUUGUAAUUCCGUCCGUACGUGUGGCUGAGAAGUUGUCCAGGAAGAAAUCGGAGAGGUUCACUUAUCUUGUUGCUGCGGUGAUGUCCAGCUUUGGUAUUACUUCCAUGGCUGUCAUGGCUGUUUAUUACAGAUUUUACUGGCAAAUGGAGGGUGGGAAUGUGCCUUUGUCUGAAAUGUUGGGUACAUUUGCUCUAUCUGUUGGUGCUGCUGUGGGAAUGGAGUUUUGGGCAAGAUGGGCUCAUAAAGCUCUCUGGCACGCUUAUGGCAUAUGCACGAGUCUCACCACACAGACCCAGAGAAGGUCCAUUCGAGCUUAACGAUGGACUGAAACAGAGAAAGAAGAGAUAAGGAAUCUGGUGGAGAGAAAGAAGAA